CCCAGACCUCGCCCCCUGGAAGAGACAGCACCGCCGACGCCAACAGUCAAGAUGAAGGUCCUGCUGGCGGUCAACUCUGAGUACGGGCAGGCCAACGUGUUCCUGGCCCUCGGCCACGCGCUGCAGGCGCACGACGCCGCGGUGCAGAUCCACUUCGCCUCGUUCGGCCCCAUCGCCGGCGAUGUCUCCAACGCGUCGGACUACUCGGUGCGCAGCUCGCCCGGCGCGCAGCCGUGGGUCUUCCACCAGCUCGACGGCCCGGCCUUCCUCGAGGCUGCCGAGAACAUCGACUCGGACAUCAAGCUCGGCGAGGCGAUCGUGAAGCCGCCGACCUUCUUCAACGUGCUCGAGAUGCUCAAGCUCACGCCGCGCCUAUUGCUGCCCUGGAGCGGGUCCGAAUUCUUGAAGAUCUGCCAGAGCUUGUCGCGCGUCGUCGACGAGGUCCAGCCCGACAUCAUCGCCGUCGACUCGCUGUUCUCGCCCGGGCUGACGGUCUGCCGCCACCGCCGGCUGAAAUACCUCGUCUUCUCGCCCAACACGCUCAAGGACUUCUCGGCCGUGUCGCAGCCAUGGGGCGGCGUGUUCUGGAAACUCCCGGCGAUGGGCUCCGGGUUCCCAUUCCCCGUGCCGCUGCGGUGCAUCCCGGCCAACAUCAUCUACGUGCUCUGCGCCAUCUACCACUCGCUGAGGAACGGCGCCGUGCGCGCCGUGGCCGCGCAGGUCAAGCGCGAGCUGGGCGGCGCCGAGCUGGUCACGUUCGAGGACAUCAUCCUGCGCCCGCCGGCGGACCUGCGCAUCUUGGUCGCCAACCGGCCCGAGGUCGACUUCCCCGUCGUCGUGCCCAAGCACCUGACCGCCUGCGGGCCCGUCAUCCGGCCCGUGCCGUCCGUCGCCGACGUCGACCCGGAGCUCGACGCCUGGCUCAAGCGCGGGCCCACCGUGUUCAUCAGCCUCGGCACCCACCGCAUGAUGCCCGAGCCGGAGGCGCUCGAGAUGGCCGAGGCCGUGCGCCAGCUGCUCGAGGCUGCGGAGGCCAAGCAGGAGGCGGACGGCGCAGACAAGGCCGUGGGCGGCAUCCCGGGAAAGCUGCAGGUUAUCUGGAAGCUGAUGAAGCCCGCCGGCGCUACCUGGGGGAUCGGCCCCGGGUCCAAGGUCCACGGCGUGCUGGCGCAGGCGCUGGCCGCCGACCAGGUGCGCAUCGUCGACUGGGUCAAGCCGCAGCCGUCGGCGGUGCUGCUGUCGGGGACCGUCGUGUGCUCCGUGAACCACGGCGGCGCCAACUCGUUCCACGACGCCCUGACCUCCGGCAUCCCGCAGGUGGUUCUGCCCCCCUGGAUGGACUGCUACGACUUCGCCAGCCGGGCCGAGGUGCUCGGCAUCGGGCGCUGGGGCAACCAGAAAACCAUGCCGGCGUGCACGGCGCUUGAGCUCGGCCCGAUCCUCAUUGACGUCGUGCUGGGGCCCAAGGCGCCGGCCAUGCGGGCGAGGGUGCAGGAGCUCGCGGCGCUGUGUGCCAAGAGCCCCGGCGCCGCAGUGGCGGCGGCGGCGGUCCUGGAGGAGGCGGGUGCCGGGAAGGCGUAGUGAGCGCGUGUAAUUUGGAUAGACAUAGACAUAGACGGCAGACGGUGCCGCGCCAGCUUUUGGGUACUCCCAAUACUUUCUUAGCCAAGCAAUCAGACAUUCACAUCCCGCUG